UGUGCUAUUAUACUUUAAUUAUAUAAUUUAUUUAUUACAGAUAUCAAAAAGAUUAAGACUAUCACUUGCUCUAUUAAAAAAAGAACAUGAAUUAAGUAGAUUACAACAAAAAAUUGGUAAAGAAGUUGAAGAUAAAGUAAAACAAUAACAUCGUACAUAUAUACUACAUGAACAACUUGAAAUAAUUAAAAAAGAAUUGGGUUUAGAAAAAGAUGAUAAAGAUGCAAUUGAUGAAAAAUAUCGUGAGAGAAUACGUGACAAAAAUGUACCAAAACAUGUUAUGGAUGUUAUUGAUGAAGAAUUAAAUAAAUUAGGAUUUUUAGAAAGUCAUAGUAAUGAAUUUAAUGUUACAAGAAAUUAUCUUGAUUGGUUAACAUCAAUACCAUGGGGUACAUCAAGUCCUGAAAAUUUAGGUAUACAAGAAGCAUCUGAUAUACUUGAUAAUGAUCAUUAUGGUAUGGAAGAUAUUAAAAAACGUAUACUUGAAUUUAUUGCUGUAUCAAAAUUAAAAAACAACAUCCCAACAUCAAGAUCCACGUCAUUCGCGUUCAUCACCAUAUUGUACAGAUGUUGCACGUGUCGUUGAUGCACCAAUAUUUGAUGUUAAUUCAGAUGAUACAGAAGCUUUUAUGCAUUUUUGUAAAAUUGCUGCUGAAUGAGAUUUCACAAAGACGUUGUUAUUGAUAUUAUAACAUAAAAUUAAUGGGAUUGUAUGAAUAUCAUUCAUUGAAAAUUAUGCUGCAAAUACUGAUCCAACAACUAGCAUUGAUAAUGGUAAUGAGUGUAAUCCUAAACUACUUAUUUGGGAUGGUGAUCAAUCAUCUGAUAAAAAAAUACUAAAAAAGUAAGUUUAUAACUUUCUAUAAUUAAUUUUAAAAGUAUCAAAUUCAUUUUUAAUUUA